CCCAUACGCCUUCACCCGCCCAAACGUCUUUCCCGAAGUUCGCCGUCGCGCUGCCCACCGAUGCACGCGCCUCACCCACCCGCCACGCCAACAACACAACACCCCCAUAACAAAUCGACUCAAUGAACGCCGUAGUCGCCAGAUCCCCGCUUGCAACACUACAUAUGGCGACGAAUCGGCCAAACACGCGGCGGAGAAGCGUUAAGCAGGCUUUUGAGGACGACGAUGCGCCGGUUGCGAAGCGGGCGAAGACGGCUGGCGAGCUGGGUGGCCCGGGCAAGAGGACGAAUGGCGCGACGAAGAGGACUACGAAGGCUGCAUACGAUGAGAACGAUGAUGACUUCCAAUUCUCGCGCCGCACAUCGCGCAGGACUGCUGCGAAGGCACAGCCUCUGGUCGAGUCCAUACCUAAAGAGCCCGCGAAACCCGCCGUGUCGCGUCGGAGGAAGAACUCCGUCCCUCUUGUGGAGCCGGCAGCUACAGAACCGCAAAAACGACGGCGAUCGGCACGUCUAUCUGGUGAUAAAGAGCAGCUCGAAGCAUCUGCAGACCUAGGGAAGCAACUCCCGAAACGGAGCAAGAAAAGUGCGCCGCCCGAGAAGGAGAGGCGCGUCACACCCGCUCCGGAGCCAGGGGAGAGGAGCGCGUUACUAGGCGUGCAGACUCCCGUGCAACCCUGGGUUGUCAACGAACAUAAAGAAAAGAUCAAGCUGCCAUUUGCAGAUACUCCUGUCAUUUUGAGAAACAAGGAUAUGCGAAAAGGGAGCAAGGGUGGGCGGAGGAGGAGCAGCACUGGGUUACGGGGUAGGAGAGCGAGCUCGCUGAUUGACAGUGGGUUGUCGAAUGCCCUACCGCAUUCCGAGGUCGAAAUCCGAGAAUUCUACAAGUACAUCGAACAAAGUCUUCCCGAGCCGAGGCGGAUGAAGCAGCUGCUCACCUGGUGCGGGUCAAGAGCACUCCCAGAGAAACCGUCAGGUGACGUCAAAGACGUGAAUGCCAUAAUGGCGGCGCGUGCAAUACAACAAGAGCUUAUAGACGACUUCGCAAACAAACCCGAGCUUUCAGACUGGUUCAGCAGGGAAGAUAGCACGCCCUUAGCUGUAGUCAAGAAACCCAAUCUGCAAAACCUCAAGAACCAAGCCACACUCCAAGAUCUUGAAGAAGAGAUCAAACGCCUCGAGGAAGAAAAGGCUGCAUGGGAAGCCCUGACUGUAACGUCGAAUCUCAUGCCUCCGCCAACCCCGCCCUCGAUAUCAACACCCAAUCCCUCGUUCGAAGACAUCGAUAUCGCACUCCUCGACCCCACACAAGCUUCAAUACUGGCUGCUCUGCAGCUGCAGCCAUCACAACUACAGCCACAACCCUCCGACUCGUCCUCAUCUCUAGACCUCCCUCCACCCUCCGCCCACCCGCCCACACGCCCACAAUUCUCUUUCACAACCGUAUCAGCACUACAAUCGCAUCUUUUAACCCUCUCGGCCGCCCUCGAGCCUAAUGUCGAUUUAUUCGCAGAUGGCGUGCACAAAAUCCAAAAUUACCGUACCACAGCCGAGAGAGUCGCGGACCGUGUUCUAAGUACUGCGGCAUUAAGACUGGAGGAGAGGGAUAAGGAGGGGAAGGAGAAGGUCGGCAGUGAGAGAAUUGGGGCGGCAGAUUUGUUGAGGGGGUUGGCCGGGGUGUUGAACGAUUGACGGGUUGUAUCUACAUGUACGACAGAGACAAUAUGUAAUGUGCAUGAAAUGAGGGCUAAAUGGAGGGGUUGAGUGCCACGAGUGGCCUGCUUGGGACUCGCCGGCAUGGCUGUGGGGAGAUGUUUUUUCGUUUCUGGACCGAUGGAUGAUUGACUGAUGGAUUGUAUGAGUGAGAAUGAUAUAUGAGGAGUUCUUCUCUCUGUAUUUCCUGUUGAUGAUUUCUGGUCUUGUCUUGCCUGGCCUGGUAUUGAGGUUUGGCGUGCGGUUUCUCUGUAGGCGGUAUGUAUGCCUGGGGCUUUUUGUUGGCUGCGAGCAUGGGCAUGGGCAUGGGCAUGAGCAUGGUGUUCUGUUUGUUCUGCUUUUCGGCUGCUUACUUUCGGCUUGACUUGGCUUGGCUUGACUUUGGGUAGGAGGGGACAGCAUGGGGAUUGUG